CAAUCUUCCUCAAACAUUAUUCCAGUUCAAAGCACCAUUGACAAUGACACUCGAAAAGCUUUUUAUAUCCCGUUUAGUGGUGACUUUGGCCGUCCUCGUUCUUCACAUCAACGCCUUAACAAAUAAUCAUGCGGAUGCUUUUUCAACAUCAGGCUCAAGUAUUGGGCACAGCGUCGGCACCAACAGCAUACACAGAUCUACAACUCGAUCUGCGUCUAUCGUCCGGCGACAAGCGAACGUUGCUAGUGAAAUCCUGAUGUCCCAGAUCAAGGACGAAGAAGAACGAAAGGCAUCUGCUGCGGCCGCAACCGAAGUACCCGCUUCCCCUUCGACCGAGUCGAAACCACAGGGCAAGCGAAGACGUCCCAGAUCAGAGCGCAAAGCGCUGGAACGAGAAAAGAAGGCACGCAAGCAAAAUAACAAGAAAAAGAACAAUAAACAAAAGAAGUAUAAAUUACACUCCACAGCGGUUUCUCAACUCACUCAGUCGUCAASUGCCGACGAAGUCGUCCAGGCCAUCAAAAGGGCGCAGAAGAAUCAUGACCACCACGACCUACGUGUGAUUGCCAAUUUUUUGAUCGACGAAUGCGACGUCGGAUUUGCCUACGGAUACCGCGGAUCGCUCCUCGCACGAUUGGCCGUAGCGGCACUCCGAUGGGAAAACCACGAGGUGGCACGGCGGGCGAUCGACAUUCGGCGGCUCGAGUAUAGGGCUUCGAUGCAACCUAUGGAAUCUGCGGCCCUUAUUCGCGGUCUUCUGCGCGUUCACAACGUGACGGAUGCCCUGGGCAUGAUUGCCGAUGAAUUGUCUCUACCGAUGGAUGUAGGUAUCGUCUUGAGCUGAUUGAUUGUCGAAAAAAGUGUGCACGAWCACGAGGCAAAAAAGCUUCGAUCAUCCUUCUCACAUGCGUUUUUUACACUUCUUUUUCGAAAUUGAAUAUUGGGAUAACCCUUUUUUCYAUGCGUGCAUUUUUGGAUUGAUAACAACAAAUACGUUUACAGGGAUCCGAUCUCGAGACGGACGAAAACCACGAAAAAAUUAAACAUCGGGCUCGAUCUCUCGCAUCUGUGGCAUCUCGGCAUCUUUUUGAGGGAGAACCUUCCAUGGCUGUCAUGGCCUUGCAGAUGCUGAAAGAUAUGGGUCCAAUGGCACGGUAUCUGACUGUCGAAGAACUGGAUAUUCCAUGGUUGCGCCUAUUAUCGGGGGCAGCGCAGUGCGAAACAGGAAGGMGAAAGGGAGAUAUUCAACCUUGUGAGGGGCUCGCCGAAUCCGUAGAACUCCCCUGUAACUUGGCGUACAGCGUGUUGAGUGCCAUGAGUUCCUUUCCCUCCGACAACGACGAUUUGAUAUACGAAGCCUUGUCGAACUGUCUCGUAAGAAGAGUCCUCUUCAUCACGGGGGCCGUGGAUAUGAAGGGGCUUCCACCGCCUGAUAGAGGAGAAGCUGUGUUCAUYGGACGAUCCAAUGUUGGAAAAUCGAGUUUGGUCAACAUGAUCACCAACCGCAAAUCCCUAGCAUACACAAGUAAAACUCCCGGGAAGACGCAACAAUUCAAUUUCUUUGCCGUAAAUGACAAACCCGGAAGAGAGAAGGAAAUUCGAUACGGAGACAAGGUCGACGGRAAGAAAGAUGACGACAGCUUUUAUUUGGUGGAUCUACCAGGAUUCGGAUUCGCCAAAGUCCCCGACGAACAGAAACAACAAUGGUCCUCCUUCAUGGGAGAAUACUUGCAAAAUCGUAAGAAUCUUAAAGUCGUCUUUCACUUGAUUGACUCCCGACACGGACCCAUUGAUGAAGACAACAACAUCAUGAAACAGGUAGGAGAAAAUUUACCGGCUAAUGUUGCAUACGUCGUUGUGUUGACCAAAUCCGACAAGAAUGUGAAGGGUAGUUCUUCAAAAAAUAGGAAAGCCGGCAAGGUAUCCGUGGAUGUCAUGAACAGGCUCCGCGAUGUCAUGCGGGAGAACAAUGUCGGCAAGGCUCCAGUUCUCCUAACUUCAGCAGAGACUAAGCUCGGACGAGAUGAUAUUUGGAGGUACCUUAGGCGAGCCGCAGAAGGUAAAUGAGGAUUGUUUGAACAAAUCACUCAGUGGGCUAUCCGAACGAAAAAGUAGAAGACAAUACCGUGACACGACUGCCCUUUUUGCAACACUGCUGCCAAUAAUACAGUGAAAAAAACGAACAGCGCUUUCAACGAGCUUCUCCAGCAGCAAAAGUUUUGAAUCAAUAAAAUGUAAAUAAGAAU